ACACGCGUAAAAAGAAAAGCGUAAAAAACACUUUUCCUUCUCCUCAACUCAACUUGCACUAUUAUGGCGCUCGUUUCUACCGCGUCGCUCUAUGGAAUUUUGAGUAAUGUAGAAAGUAUUGCUUAAUUAUUAAUGGUUAUUAUUCUUGUUAAAUUGAUUGUUUCGUAACUUCUAAAAGUGUGUCCUUUAUUUAGUGUGUUUACCAUUUUAUACUGUUUUUCUUAUUAUGUUAUUUAGAGAUUUAAUUCGUAACAUUCGCGUGCGAUGUUUCUGUACAUCUUCGAAUUUCACCGAAAGAGCAGUUGACUGGGAUUAUUUGAGUAAUCCGUCAAAUUUGAAGGAAAUAUCUUCCAAUGUCAUAUUACGAAAAGUUCCUUGUGAGUUACAAGAUGUACUUAAAGGACUUCAACAGUUACAUCAAAGUGAUCCUAUAAAAGCGGCAGAGUUAAAAAAAACCAUAACACCCAAAUUGUUUUGGUUCCCAAAUGCUAUGCAUCCGAGAGUAGCAAGAAAUAGAUCAGAAGAGCCAGUUGUACUACAUAAAAUGGGUUCAAAGACUGCGUUUACUUAUUUUCCUUCAACUUUUGAUAAUCUUACUAAGCGACUGAAUUUGUUAAGAACGAAAAAUUUAGGACAAAUGUGUGGUAGUAAGAGUUACUUUUUGAAAAAUGACUUGGCUCUUCUAGAACAAUCAUUAAUUAGAUAUGCUGUGGAGAAACUAACUAAAAAAGGGUUUAUGUUGAUGUCCGUCCCGGAUAUAUUAGAUUCCAUAUGUUUUGAAAACUGUGGAAUGCGAACAGAAAACAAACAUUCUCAGGUUUAUCAUAUUCACAAUGAGUGGGCUCCUAAGGUUUGUUUAUCAGGAACUUCUGAAAUGGCACUGGCUACUUAUUUUUCUGGAAAGACAUUAGAUGUUAAUGAGUUGCCAUUAAAGAUUUGUGCUGUAAGCAGAUGUUUUCGUGCUGAAGCCAAUAAACACCAAAAAGAAAAAGGAAUAUUUAGGGUUCAUUAUUUUAAUAAAGUUGAAAUGUUUAGUGUAACACCCAAUGAAUCUGGCAAUGAAAGUGAAGAGAUGUUGAAUUAUUUUGUUGAUAUUCAAAAAGAACUAUACUCUGAAUUAGGUCUCCACUUUAAAGUUCUUGAAAUGCCUCCUUGUGAACUUGGUUUGCCAGCUUACCACAAAAUAGAUAUCGAGGCCUGGAUACCUACUCAAAAACUGUAUGGUGAAAUUUCUAGUACUUCUAAUUGCACAGACUACCAAAGCAGAAGACUAAAUAUUACAUAUUCAUCGCCUGGUGGCAAUCAGUCAUUUUGUCAUACCAUUAAUGGAACAGCCUGUGCUAUUCCUAGACUAUUAAUAACUAUACUAGAAAAUUUUCAAAAUCUUGAUGGCAGUAUUACAGUUCCUAUACCGCUUAGAAAGUUUAUGAAAAAGAACGUUAUUAGUGAAAAAUUUAACGAAGUUUCUCUUUGUUUAAGACCUAUUCCAUGAAAGAACCAUAACUGAAUGUUGAAGUUUUUUUUUCUUAGUUAGAAAUUUUAAUAAAUUUAAAGUGUAAGAAAUUGUUGUGAUUAUUCCUUUUUAUGAUUAAAUUAAAGUGAAAGAAAUUUUAUUUUAUAACAAAAUUUUAUUUUUACUUGAUGUUUUUGUUUGAUGAUUUUUACCUGAUGUUAAUGACUUAUAUUUGAAAUUAAAUGCUGUUUAACUCUAAAAAAAUUUAGGGGUCUUAAUUAGCCAUGUUAGUUUUUUAUUGCUCAGUAAUUCAAAAGAAAUUACUUACUGAAAGCAUUUAGCAUUUCUGACUUUUUAUAAUUGAAUCCAGUUUUAUUGCUUCAAAUUAAUCUUAUUUAAUCAUUCAUGUGUUAUCCUUAUAAAAAUGUAUAUAUGGAACCUUAUGCGUAGACUGGUGGCAGGGGCCAUAGUUGCCCCUAAGGUAUCCUUUGGUAUAUAUGAGGAACUCCAGUUGCAUUAAUAAGACAAAAUGAGGGUGUUUCUACAUGUUUAUGAAUUUUACUUAUAGAUGUAAAAAAAAAUUAUUUAAGAAACUUAAAAAGAAAAAAACAUUCAAAAACCAAUGAUUUAAAUCAAAUAUUUCUGCUAACCAAAUUGAAUAAAAUGUAAAAUUUCAAUAAUUGAGUCUUGAAAUACCUUUUAUUAAAUUAUGAUUAUUUUUUUUUAAAGAUUUUGGAUGUCUAAUUGAUCCAAGUACAAACAGGGGCUCAUGGGGAUUAAUUUCUAAUUUGUAUUUGCUGAUUUAUCAGACUUGACAAAAUUAUUAAGAUUAUGUUUUUUAUAAACCAUACCAAAAUGCUUUCAUUUAGAACUUAAUUGCUAAGAAAGUUGUAUAUGCAAGCAGUUUUAAGUAUGCAAUAUUAGUUAUGUAGUAUUGUUCACAUAAGUAUACAAAGAUAAGCUUUAUUUUGAUGCCAUACAUAUUUGCUCAAUAUAUCACAUUUCUAAUGUGCAUAUUAAGAUAAAAGUAAGUAAACUCAAAUAUUUGCAAUAAAAUUCCUCGUGUUUCAA